UAAGUCUUAUUAUGAAGUGAUAUGUAAGUUGAUUGAAAUCUACCCUUUGUUGGAGAAUUAAGCCUAUAAAAUGGGAUAUAUCAUGUAUGUACACACAUGCUUAUGAACAUGUCUGCCUUUGUUUAUUUCCUCUCCUUAAUCCUAUCUCUCUGCCUUCUCAUUUCGCCGUCGAUUUGUCAAGAAUCCUCAUCUCCUUCCCCUGCUCCAGCUCCUUUCCCUUCUAGAUCUUUCCCGCCUUCAAUAUUCCUCUAUGUCAAUCAAGGUGACUUUGAAGAUAUCACUGGUGAAUUCGACACCUCUUUCCGACGUGUAACUAUAGACAGUCCAAGGUUCUCAUUAUACUUUCACACUAAUGACCAGAAAUCUUUUACCCUUGGUAUAGGCAUGGGGUUCUCACCUAAAUGGGUUUGGGCCGCAAACCGGAAUGCUCCGGUUGGCGAAGGGGCUGCUCUUUACCUUGGAAAAGAUGGCAAUCUUGUACUAGUCGAUUUUGAUGACCGCGUUAUUUGGCAAACCAACACGGCCAACAAGGGUGUGGUAGGAUUGAAGAUGCUUGAAAACGGCAACAUGGUAUUAUACGAUGCUAAAAACAACUUUAUCUGGCAAAGUUUUGAUUACCCCUCGGAUACACUAUUAACCGGCCAGUCUCUUAAGGUUGGGCUAACUACUAAGCUUGUAAGUCGUGCAUCGCCUACGAGUGAUCUUGAAGGGAACUACACCCUAGAGAUGAGACCCAACAAUGUGUCCUUGUACUAUAAGAGUCCAAAAACUCCAGCACCAUUUCCUUACUAUAGAAUUGAUCAAAUUUUUGGGACAACACCUUCUAAAGAAUUCAGUUAUAUUGUAGGGGUUAUAAACUUUGCUUCACAUUUUACAUUCCAAGCCCUACAAUACAUAACCACAGAUUGGCUAUCUAGUUCAAAUCAGCUGUUAGCCGAAACGUGGUACAAUAGCACAUACUCCUUCCUUCGACUAGACAUCGAUGGUAAACUACGUACCUAUAGUUUUGAUCCUCUGAAUAGGGAUAUAUGGACAGUGGAGUUCACUCUUUUCGAGGGUGAACCAUUGCCGGGUGAUCAAUUAGGAGCAACUGAAUGUCAGGUGCCUGAAAAAUGUGGCGAUUUUGGUGUUUGUUACAAAAACCAGUGUGUGGCUUGCCCUUCCCCUAGAGGACUCUUGGGUUGGAACGAAAAGUGUGCACAACCAAAGUUGGAAUGCAAUGGUGGGGAGAUCAAUGCCAAGUACUACAAGGUUGUAGGCGUUCGACAUUUCAGUAGCCUGUACACAGAAGGUGAGGGGAUAACGCAAAGGAAAUGUAAGUCUAAGUGUAGCGAAGACUGCAAGUGUGCGGGCUUUUUCUACGAUGAGGAGAAGUUAAAGUGCUGGAUUGUUAAUGAUCUCAAGACUUUGACACAGUCUGAUAAUCCUAAGCAGUUUGGUUACAUCAAAGUGUCUAACUACUGAUAAAAUUAGGCUAAUAAGAUUUGAAACAGGAUAUGAAAUACUACCUCCGUUUUUUAUUAUGUGCAACUUUGGAAUAUUUUAUGUCUCACAAAUAUUCCUCAAAGUUGCACAUAAAAAAAAACGGAGGUAGUAUACUAAUGGCUCGAGUACACAUCCUAUUGUAUGAAAUAAGACAAAUACUUACUUUUUAAGAAACUUCUCAUUGGGUUUUUUCCCUGUAUUUUUAAAUAAAUAUGAUAUGAAAAAACAUGAUGUAACUGCACUUGCAGUCUUGCACAUUUAGUUUA